AUGGUCGAGUACCUGGGCUUGCAGGCGACAGGAUGGGAUCGCAUGACUGCGACCUGGUGGGGGAGAGUACUCGCAGCAUGUUUACUUGCCACUAUCAUCCUUGGCAGUAUAUAUAUUCUGUACCACGUCGGACGCAAUCUGUAUAGACAUUGGCGGAAACGACAUGAACUGUCAGAAGUCCCUGCUGCAACAGCGCGGUAUAUUAAGCACUUGGGAAAAGAGACGCCCUCGCUGUGCACACCGUCUUCCACCGUAACAGAACCCAAGUCGUUCGGGGUUUACCUAGGCAGCUUCGACAGCCCUCCUACCCCCCACCAGUCGCGUUUACUGUCGCAAUGGGAGGCAGUAGUACUUGAUCCCAUCCAGCCUGGUGUUUUGGACGCAUUAGCCGGUGGCACCACUGCUACACAUACCCUUGCGCGUCUGGACGUUGCAAGGCUUGUCCAUUUCGACGGGAACUCGCGUCACGAUGAAGAGAUACGCGCUCUCUCUGGCCUUACCAAUGCGCUAACAACGCACCUUCGACGCCCAAGUGACGCCCAGUCCCUGUUCAACGGCGUCCUUCUAUCGGAAUUCCACCAAUAUUUCCAACCCGUGGUUAUGAACGAGGUAGUCAGGUUCAUCAACCGCCUCGGGCUUGAUGUUUGGCUGGAGGUCUCGCCCCCGGACUACCUCCCAGAGCGCACCUGUCGCGAAAUCGACAUGGCACGCAUUCGGGGGGUUGUAUACUGCAACGGAACUAUUCUAUCAAAUGGCGACCGGCAGAAUUACUUCGAUAUGGAGAAGAUGCGCACUGUGAUGCGGGUUGUCGCGGCGCAGAAGCCCAUCGGGGAGUCGACGCUGGCCAUGUGGGAAACUGUGGAUGAUGGCAUCGAGUUGCAGCAUGACGUUCUCCACCGCAGUUAUAAAUGGUGUAACUAUAACAGUGCGAUGAGCUGGAUUGGGUCCAAAUCUGCCUUGACCGACGCCGCGAUCGCAGCGAGGAAAACUGUCGUGCAUGAACCGAUCGGGGCUCUGAUGUGGAUGAAGGAUGAGAAUACUCUGGCUGCCCAUGAUAUCUGGAGGCAGAACGAGAAGAUCUCGCCUGUGCCGUGUGGGUAUGAGAGUCUGUAUGACUCUGUUCAGCAUAUGAUUCCUAAUCUUCGAGAGAAGCUCGCUCUCUUUCCUCCUGCUCCCAAGCCAGCAUCCGAUGGGCAGGUCUUUGUUAUUGAUGAGCUACAAUGGCCAUCCCUCAAUGAGCCUCUUAUGACGAAUCCGUUUUCACUCUCCCCGGAUGGGAAUGACUACUCUGGCUUGGGCUGCUUCCAGCUGGGUUUGGAUUGCACGGCUAAAGAUACUGAGGAGCUGCUGCAGGCUCAGCGCCAUACUCGAGAUCUGAACUUGCUGGACCAGCUCAAGCUACCAGAGCUGAGGAAAAUUGCCGGAGAUCUUCAAGAAUUGGCCGACUCCCAGAAUGAUGGUUCUCAGGCUGCAAGGGAGCUGUACGACCUGCUCCUCUCCUGCGAAGGCAGCAAACGGGACCCUGUCCGCAUUUACUCCGGUCUUCACUCUGGCUUCAGGACUCGCAUGGAAACCCAGAUCUGGGGCAUGUACCAACAGGAUCCGAUGGGUGCGUUGAAUAUGUAUCUCUCUGGGAAGACAGAAAAGGAGCGGGCCGGGACCAUCCUUCAUACAUACAUGUCUAGCAGAGGGUACAGCCGGUAUGAAUGCCUGAUGGCUGAAGUUGGCCUCUCUAUUUCCAACGACACUCUAUCGAAGCAGUGGCAACUGCCUACUCGCAUCGUUAGCGACAUCGAACAACUUACCCCGACAGAAGCAAUGCUCUUUCUACGCCGGCUGUCGCUGACCCUCUGCCAGGAAUGCGCAGACCUCGCUGCAAAGGUUCGCGCUUGUUGCGAGCACUUCCUGAUGGAGGUUCCUAGUCUAGCUCAGCUCCGCGCACUCAGUUCAAGUGAGUACUUGAGUGGUAGAAUAUCUGCAGAGGAUCUGGUCGCUGCUCGUCUGGCCUGGUAUCGCGAGCAAGGGUGCUGGACUCCAGAUGCUGCCGCUGCAACAGCCCUCUUCGACGAGGUUAAUUCUCGUCUGCCUCAAAUACUCAUGAGCGGUGAUGCCCGAACUCUUGGACAGCUUACAACCGUCAUUCAAGGAACGCUUCUUACCGAUCGCAUUGACGCGGGAGCUGAUAUGUUUGCCCUUGCUGUGUUCUGCGCCUUCCGCCGUCUCUCCUUCGACGAGAUUUACUUGGAAGUACUUGACCGCAAUCCUCUCCCCAAUGGGCACACUGUGCAGGCUGCAGUCUUUGCAGAGAUGUUUGCCCUGGGCGCGCGUUGUGAUCUUUACUUCGACAUGACUCCUAACCUGCUGGGCAAAAUCAUCUCAGCCCGGUACCGCGAAUAUUACAACGUCCACCCACCAAAACGACGAGAGGAAUUAUUUACCGAGAUUCCAACUGCGUACGCAUCUAUGGAGAUUGACCUAGAUCCCAAGGGCGAUGAGCACCGGGUCCCUUUCUACUAUCGCAUUACUUUCCUCGGUAUCUUUGCCCUGCCUGCGCUGAUCGACAUCACCAUGUUGACCACCAUCGGACGCGGUCUUUACCUAACAACCUUCAUGAGUGACGUUGACAAAACCCUUGCUACAACGGCUCUCAUGGUAGCCCUUCUCGUCUGUGGUGGGUUUGGUGGCUGGAUCAGUUCAGGGGGCAGUUACUAUCUCUACGCCAUGGCGUUUCCUGCUAUGAGCAUGUUCGUCAUGACGCGAUUUAUAGCAGGUGUGGCCGUCACUCUUGUCAGUGGGCUGAUUGCCUUGAUCGCAAUUGGAUGCGUCAAGGGCUUUGCAGCUGGUGUUUUGUUUUUCUUGUACUUUUUCUUCCUCGCGACGUACCUGAUGCUGUUGUCUGUGCUGGCGAUCUACCAACUCCCUGGAUUCCAGUUCCAAUCGGGCCGUACCGUCAUCAUGAGCUGUAUACCCAUUUUAUUCAUUGGCCCGGUUGUGACAUUGUGGGUUGGGCAUGACUCCGUUAUAUAUCUCUGCCUCUUAGGGCUAUUCGUGACUUCGCUUCUGCUGGGCGCCCGACGUGUCAUGUCCCAGUGGAAUACUUGGUAUCUCAAUAUCCCCCGAGUAACAGACGGUGAUGUUGUCAACUGGUACGCCCAGAGAAGCGAAUCACCUAGCUCCAGCAUGAAGGACGAUUCCUCUUCUUCGGUUCCCCGAAAAGCUCUAUUCGAGGCUGUCCAGAAAGAAUGUCGCCGCUCGUUCUGGUCCAAGCCCACCAAUGACGAUUUCGUGCGUAAAAUGGCCGAUGGAUACUCGGCGACGAUGUUCCUCCUGGUUUGGUACUGUCGCUACUCGCGAACAAAGAUCCCCCUUCCCUAUAGUCCGACAUGGAACCUGCAGCUCAAGGCCGCUGUUGAUACAAUGGGCGACAUGCAAAAGGGCCUCACCAUGCAUAGCGCCUUUCUGCACUGGCGCCAUACCGGUGCCGACGUCUGGUGUGGUAUUCUAUACUUCGUCAUUGCCCUCAUGGAUAAGUGGACGGCGCUGCUCACUGGCGAAGCACUCGUUGGUCUUUCCACUGCCUCGAGUUCAGAGUAUCGACUGUCUGUUGGCUUCGGAUUGGGGUACUAUCUGGCCGGUGCUCUUAUGCUGGAUGCUGUCUCCCAACCUCUCUGGACAUCUGUGACCCAAAGAAACAGCGAAGCGAUAUCGUCCAUCGACAGUCUGCGCGAAGUGCUGUCGCACAACUCAGGCGAUCGCCAGCGACUAUACUGGACCAACCUGAUGAAGUUCUUCCUCCUGCAUAUCUGGGGAACUGCUGUUACGCUGGCACUGAUGUGGGCAUUUGAGCCAUCCCAGCGCGCGUCGAUUAUGUAUUUGGCGUAUAUCGGUGCCUAUAGUGGCCUGCUCUUCUACCAAUACAACCGCAUUUUUACAGGCCCUGAAGCAGCGCGGUGUCUUGCACUGGGAUCGGCCGUGGGCUUCAUCGUUGGGAUCGUCAUGCAUAAGGUGAUUCCACCCUUUACUUGGAGCAGUGUCAUCUCGCUGGCUUCUGGUACGUGGACCGCUGCGAUAUACUCUCUUUGGCUGUCGGACAUUGGAAUGCCAAAGUUGAAAAGGACCACGGGCUUCAAGCAAAGUUCAAACAUUACCCCAAAGCCGAAUUAUACAAGCAGCUCGUUGGAGCCUUACUUGGACAUGUCGUCUACCACCCUUGCCCAGACAUUUGACAAUAUCAAUGCCCUCUCAGACGACCUUCGCUUCCGAUUGGACCCAUCAAACCACCCUGGAUCUGAGGUAAAGGAAGUUAUUAGCUCUAAUUUGGGCUCGAAGACAUCCACAGUCGUACAGGCCGCGUUCCCCAAUGCCGAAGAGCUGCUCACCGAUGUCGUCCGUCUCUGGGUAUCUGGCCAGACAGUAAUCGAGUUCGUCUCAGCCGAGCAUCUCCUCCAAACAGAGCAGCGAGUCCGCGCAGUAAGCCGUCUCGUCGGCGACCAGCUGCAUGUCUUUGUUGUGAUCGGACCGGGUCUCGUGGGUCAAGACUGGACGACAAACAUUCGCCGCAAUUGCAGAGCCAUCGCCGAGGCCGUGGUGCAGGCUACUGCUGAAGCAAAGUUCGGUUUCUCACACGAUCAAGCUAUGAUGGCGGAGCUUCUGGUCGGUCACCAUCGCGAUGACUAUGACCUUUCUGUUCCCGAGGGAGUCAAGUACCAGCUCGAGCGGUCGCCUUCUGAGUGCUCGCGAGUCGCAAGCCAUGGCCAACGUACACUGCUGCGCCAUCUAAUGCUCGGUAUUGACUGCGAUCUGGAGUGGGAUGGGCUUCCCCGGUCUGCGCGGUCAUUUCUCCUCCGGCGAUGCUCAGGGAAGCCAGGUCGCGUCACCACUGACGAGCUUGCCUGGCUCCAGGCCAGGGUUGGUGUACAAGACCUGCAAGGCGUUGGGGCAUUUGUCGCGCGGUAUAACAUGGGCGUGGCCUUGUCCUUGUCAGUCACCUACUACGCCCAGCGUUGGAUGGAGCAGGCGGACUAUCCAGACUACCCUGUUUUCCAGGAUACAACAUAUGAAAAGCCCAUACAGAGGGCCCUUCCAUCUCCUCUCGGAACGGAUGUGCGGUUUAUGGAUGCGCUGAAGCUAUCUUUCACUUAUAUCCACCAUAGUGUCAAGACGUGUCUCAAGGUCGUGAUAAUUUCUCUGGUUGCGGAUCCUCAGUACCAGCGUGAACUCGAGUACGUGCUUCGUGGACAGCCCUUGAUAUUCUCUUGGCCAGUUACUCUGCUGCUAAACAGCAUCUGGUCACUUUGCAAACUGCUUCAGCGGGUUCUAAUUCCCCUUGUGCUCCUCCACGGCCGCGAAAAUAUUAUGGACGUGUACAAGAGCACCCGUGGCUGGAAGACAAUAGUCCAAAAAGACAGAAUCGUUAUUGAAAAUCUGCAUGGACCGACCACUUGUUUUGCAAAAGCCCAGCCUGACGGGUCUACGAUUUUAUAUCAAUACUCGGGAAAUCAUACUCACGAGCCUAGGGACCAGACCCAACUGCUGGCCGUCAACACGUACACCGACAAGUUAGUCCUUCGACGAAGACAGGAAUACAAGGGCAGUAAAUUGGAAAACGACUUUACAUAUGAAUAUGCAAAUAAUGACAAAAGGUCUCGAAGGCGCAAACUUCCGAUCCAGAGACAAUGCACUUCCGGGGAGCUGGAAGGCCAAGUCGUGCAGUAUGAUGACAGCGGAUAUAUUGUAUCUGGAUCUGGAAUGCAGGGGGUCAAUCCAAUGCAGUUCAAGUAUCGGUUCCGGAAGAAUGCGAAAUUCGACGACGAGCUGCUGCGCGCUGAGUACACGUUCCCUCAUAUCCAGAUCAAGGUCGCCUGGUGUAUGCCACCACCACAUCACCCGGAGCGUGAGGACAAAUGGAUUCCUUAUCCCAGAGUCAGCAAGGCUACUUUCGCUCAGGGCGAGAAUGUGCAUAAUGCCAAAUGGACUUACGAUCACAAGUUUCACCCGAUUAUCAAGACAACACUGAAUGGCCAGGAUGUGCCCACGCCCCCUAUGAUCCAGGACGACUGGUUCCAUGUCCUCGAGAAGCCUUCCAGGAGUAGUUUCCUGCAUGAUAACCCGCUCUUCUUUUUCAAGUCCAUCAAGACAAAUUUCAUUACACGGAUGUUGGGAAUGAACGUCAAGACCAGGCCAAUUCCAACCUCGAGAGCGCGCACACACCUGUGGAAGUCAUGGAAAGGCAGCAAACACUUCGACGCGGUGACAACCACCUGGCUUGACGAACUGCUCCUCCGCUCCGAUCGCGUUCUUCGUCCGUACUGGAGGAAUCGCGAUUUCGGUCGCCUGGAUGCCGCCGGUGACUAUUUAGAUGGCCAGGUUGAUACAAUCCUCGCUCGUGUUGACAUUGACCCGGAUAUCAGUUCGUGGACGCAGAUGGCGUUCAAAAUCAGCGACCUCUAUAGCUUUGGCAUCGGGGGUGAUGCUCGGAUCAACACUAGAACACUCUCUACGCAGUUGCAAGAUACCGACUCCCGUCUCCAUGUUCUGGCUAUGGAUACCGCCACUUGGCCUAACGAACCUGGCGGUGUCUCUGCCUGUCGCCGGGACAUGGUUAAUGACCUGAAGGGCAUUAGGUGGCACAUUAUAUCCGAAAACGCCAAUGAUUACGGAGUCCCCAAGUUCCAAAUCGAGAGGAAUGUUCAGUCCCUGACUGUUCUACCGCAAUGGGGCCUAGACUUCCUUAACCCAACCCACGGUGUAUUCCAGAAUACCCUCGAUUCAGCCGUCGUGGAGCGCUCGUUGGAUACCAGAAAGGAAGACAUCAAGAACCACUUCAUUCCAAUCCUCACUAAGCUCGUUCGGUCUGCGCGGACGACAAACCUGAAGCGCCAGCACAUUGAAGAGGCAACCAAUGCCCUUGUCGACCUGAAUACGUACUUUGAGUCUGGGCGCAGCUGGAACGACGUGUGGAUGAGCGAUAUAGUCAAGAAUGCAUGGCGCGAGCUGUGGCUUUCAGACGACGUCGACGAUACGACUCCGGUGUCGAAAUGGUGGGAUGCAGAGCACCCAUCACUGCAGCAGCUCGACACGGCGCUGGAUAUGUGGCAUCGCUAUCUCUUCAUCUUUUCUAUCCCCGUGCCCGAGCGCAUUCCCGAUGUCUUCCAGGCCUCGCAUCACUUCACUGGAGCAACAUUUGGUGUCCUCUGUAAAGCGAAGCGAAAGUGUGCCCUCCAUGUGUGGGAUCACUGUGUGAGCUUCCGUGAGGUGACGGUCUUCUUGUCUUCUGCCGUCUCGUUCGAUUCUGCUUUUGUCAACAACACUUUGAUAUCCCUUGCCCACCUGGCGUGUGUCCUGGUUGAGCACCACGCUGAUGUUGUGCUUCCGUGCGCCGAGUACUUUAAUCCUGGCUGGGAGAUUGAAUUGGGGACGGCUGAAGGGGCUCUUCAGCACCGUCGCGCUUUCAGUCGGAAGAUUGACCCUGUGGUUAAUGGUAUCACCAGUAUGGAGAGAUAUAAGCCUAUUGAAACUAUCAAGACUACGACGCCGACUGUUGUUAUGUUGUCGCACAUUCGUUACGUGAAAGAUAUCAAGACGGCCAUCAUGGCUUCGGAUGUUAUUGUGAAUAAAUGGGGCUUCAAGGACUACCGAUUGCAUAUAUACGGAGACAUGGAGCGUGCGCCUGCCUAUGCCUCAGAAUGCCAGGAAGUCAUCGCUUCCAAAGGCCUGCGAGAGCAUGUCAUGCUCAAAGGUCUAGGCAACCCGUCUGUCGUUCUCCAAGACGCUUGGCUCUUCAUGAACUCCUCCAUCUCGGAAGGCCUCCCCCUCGCCAUGGGCGAAGCAGCCCUAACCGGCGCCCCAGUCGUCUGCACCGACGUCGGCGCCUCAUUCUGCGUCGUUACAGACCGCGCCACAGGGAAACGCUUCAGCGAAGUUGUGGCUCCCAACGACGCCGAUUCACUCGCCCGCGCUCAACUGCGCGUCCUCGCCCUCUUAGACAAAUGGAGCCCCUUCGCCGAAGACUUACCCGGCGACGUCGUGCCCACCCUCGAAUUCCACCCAACCCCCGAACAAAUCAAAGCCAUUUCCGACCGCAUCUACGCCAAAGUGUCGCAGCGGCGCAAGUUCGGUAUGAUGGGGCGCAAGAACGUGCAGAAUAGCUUCUCGUCUGACCGGUACCUCCGCGAGCACGAGCAGCUGCUUUGGCUGGGGAAGUAUCAGAGCCAUAGCUAUAUUGCGCGGACGAGUGCGACCUCGUCGAGUAAUUCUAGUGAGGUGCUGGUUAAAGAGAAGACCGCGAUGCAGAGACUCUAUAUUGGGAAUUUGCCAUCUACGCCGGACUCGAUAUAUCAGCCUGUGCCGGCGAGGGCGUGGCGGGCUUGGAGGGAUUCUCGACAUGCUAGUUCGUCUGGGAUGCAGACGCCGGUGCAGGUUUAA